AAACCACCACUAAGGAUUCUCUUGGCGAAUAUGCUACCGAGAACAUCGGAGCUGGUUAAAAACACGAAUUUAUCACAAGCAGUCUCCCGUUAAAACACACGAUUUAUUUCGUGUUUGUGCUUAGGGGAUUUUUUUUUAAUCGCUCCUUCGGUUUCGCGGUGUUGCCGGAGCGGGAGCUGUCGAAUAUGGGACGGGGAAAAGGCAGGGCGGUAAGGAGCCGCCCUCCCCCUGCGCGCCCGGGCGGGCCCAGGCGGCGCCAUGGCGGCGGCGGGGGCGCGGGCGCUGGCGGCGCUGCUGCCCGCCCAGACGCAGCUGGAGUACGCCCUGCUGGACGCCGACGCCCCCCAGGAGAAGGAGAACUUGGUCUACCAGUACCUGAAGAAGAUGGACAGCCGGGAGCGGGACCUGGCGGUGCCCGAGCUCGGCAGAGAUUUACAGUGGCUAAACACUGAAGGUCCCAUUUCUCUUCACAAAGACCUUUGUGGAAAAGUGGUGGUGCUGGAUUUCUUUACUUACUGCUGCAUCAAUUGUUUGCACUUGCUGCCUGAUCUCCAUGCCUUAGAGCACCAGUACUCUGAUAAAGAUGGUCUUGUUAUUAUUAGCGUCCAUUCAGCGAAAUUCCCAAAUGAAAAAGUUCUGGAUAACAUUAGAAGUGCAGUUCUGAGGUAUAAUAUUGCCCACCCAGUAGUAAAUGAUGCAGAUGCAACGCUUUGGCAUGAACUAGAAGUGUCCUGCUGGCCAACUCUUGUCAUUCUUGGGCCUCGUGGAAACAUGCUGUUUUCACUUGUUGGAGAGGGACACAAAGAGAAGUUGUUUUUAUUUACGUCUAUAACGCUGAAGUUCUACAAAGAGAGAGGACAAAUCAAAGAUAACAAAAUUGGAAUAAAGCUAUACAGAGAUUCCCUCCCACCUUCUCCCUUGCUAUUUCCUGGCAAAGUGACAGUAGAUAAAUCAGGAGAAAGAUUGGUAAUAGCAGACACCGGACAUCACAGGAUUUUGGUUACCCAGAAAAAUGGACAAAUUCUGCACACUAUUGGAGGUCCAAACAGUGGAAGAAAAGAUGGAAGAUUUUCAGAGGCAGCUUUCAACUCACCUCAAGGGAUCGCUAUAAAAAAUAAUGUUAUUUACGUAGCUGAUACAGAAAAUCAUCUAAUUAGAAAGAUUGACCUAGAAUUAGAGAUGGUGAGCACUGUAGCAGGUGUUGGGAUACGAGGCAUUGACAAGGAAGGUGGAGCAAAAGGAGAAGAACAGCCCAUCAGCUCUCCGUGGGAUGUGGUCUUCGGAAAUUUGAUUGCAGGUACCCAGGAAGAUGAUGUUUUAUGGAUAGCCAUGGCAGGCAGUCAUCAGAUCUGGGCACUGAUGUUGGAAAGUGGAAAACUACCAAAAGGAAGCGACUUAAAGAAAGGAGUCUGCAUUCGAUUUGCUGGGAGUGGAAAUGAAGAGAACAGAAACAAUGCAUACCCGCAUAAGGCAGGCUUUGCACAGCCUUCAGGUCUCUCUCUGGCUUCUGAGGAUCCAUGGAAUUGCCUUUUUGUAGCAGAUAGCGAGAGCAGCACCGUGCGAACAAUCUCUCUGAAAGACGGAGCAGUGAAGCACCUUGUAGGAGGAGAGAGAGAUCCAUUGAAUUUGUUUGCCUUUGGUGAUGUGGAUGGAGCAGGCACAAAUGCAAAGUUGCAGCAUCCCCUAGGAAUAACAUGGGACAAGAAAAGAAAACUGCUGUAUGUGGCCGAUUCCUAUAAUCAUAAGAUUAAGGUUGUAGAUCCUAGAAUGAAGAACUGCACCACCCUGGCAGGCACAGGAGAAGCAAGCAAUGUUACUGCUUCCAGCUUUACACAGUCAACUUUUAAUGAACCAGGAGGUUUAUGUGUUGAGGAAAAUGGCCGCUUGAUGUAUGUUGCAGACACAAAUAAUCAUCAGAUUAAAGUGCUGGAUUUGGAAACAAAAAUUCUUUCCAUGCUGCCUAUCCUGAAUCCAGAAGCAUGGGAUGUUCCAGAUCAUCUUUCUGUACAAAGGGAUGAAAUAGCAAACCUUCCAAAACUGCCUAAAUCUGCACCAAACAUUCAACUUCCUUCACUGACUGUAACUCCUGGCCAGACAAUUCAAUUUCUGUUAAAGUUGACUCUUCCUCCAGAGACAAAACUGAAUGAAGAGGCACCUAAUUCCUGGUUCAUCACAGCGGAAGAUAAUACAUGGUUGCUUCAAGGACAGUGUCUGUCUGGAGGAAUUAAGGAUGUUUCUUGUCAAACUCUCAUUCCCUUUCAGUUACCCAGUAGCUGUCUAUCAGCUGAAGCUAUCCUGGCUAUCAAAGCGUGCCUCUAUUAUUGCAGCAAAGAUAGCAGUGCCUGUAUGAUGAAAGGAAUCUCAUUCAGUCAGCCUUUACAGAUAGCUAAUACAAACCAAAGUAGCUCGACUCAAGUUGAACUGACAUACGCAUUUUUAACUAACUAACCCAAAGCCAGUUAAUUUCAUACUUUAUUUUAGUGUCCAGUGUUUCUGUAGGAGAAAAUACGGAUAAGUAACUUUUGUCCAUUGUUCAUUUUCCUACAGCUUAUGAAGAUGCUAAGAAAUAAUAUACUUGAUAAAAUGAAGUAGAGUUCCUCACAAUUUAACAUGAAAACUUAUAAUCACCACCUCAGUUCUUUUCAUUACUGUAGCAGCUAUAAUAUAGUAACACUCUAGAUUCUGUUGCCAAUUGUGAAUAUAGUGGAUGUAUGCCGUUCUGAGCAAUGAGCAACAAUUUCAGGAGUUCUUUUGGAAGAGGUAGUACUGCUUUGUGAUGUUACUGUAAUAAGUUCUUUGCACUGUGCAUACUGUUAGAGCAGCUAGAUCAUUUUGGACUAGCAGUUAGAAAUUCCUUUCACGCCCUUAACUUCUAACAGAAUGUCACAACCAAUGCUUUCUUUCUCCAGGUUAUAAAAGAGUUAUCUUUCCUAUUUUUCAAUGUUGGCAUUUAUGACACGUGUAUUUUGAAAAUACAUCUUAAACUAGGUGCAGCUCUAAUUUUAUGCAAACUGUGUUUUACUUACCUAGAUAGGACCGCCUUAUAUGAAAAGCACAGUUUCAUGAAAAAAUUUCUUUGAAAGGAAGUGUUUAAGUUCCUACAGAAGCAUUUCAUACUAAUUUCUAACAAAGAAUGUGCCUCUCUCUAAUGUAUGUAUAAAAACGUGUCAGAGUUUUUCUGUUAUAUACCCAUUUACAUUUUAUAGUAAAUUGUAGGUAAUAGUUGAAUAUCUAAACUGCAAAAAUUAAACGUCAGCCAUUUCAAGCAGGUGAAUCACUUUUUCUUCCCACUUCUAUGAUUUCUGUGUAAAGACCUGUCUGAAGACUCCUGUCUUGCAAACACAUAUGAUUAUGAAUAGUAUCAUACUCUUGAAAUCUAAUUCAAAGCCUUUGGAGUCAUUUGUUAUAGUGGCCUCUGGACCAGAACCAUGCAUUUAAUGAUGGAUUAUUCACAUUCACAUUCAUGUUUGCAGGAUCUGAGCUUUUGCUAGUAAACUGGUAUUCUAAUCUUUGAGUAAGGCGCUUUAAAACUGCAUUCCAGAACUCUGCCUUUGCUGUUUAAAUGUUUUGCAAGCGCAUAGCAGGAGUACUGGAGCAUGUGUGUGUUUCUUCCAUGAAUUGGUAGGGUUUCCACUGGGCUUCAGUGAUACUUGAGUUGGACUCAGUGGUUGGAUCACGAGGAUCAGUUCUAAGUAGAUGAGUUUGUCCCAAGUUUGAAGAUACACUUUUACAUAUGGUUUGAAGAUACACUUUUACAUAUAUUAUGAAGCACAGUAGUGAAAUAAUUAUAUAGCUUUUUCUAGAAAAAAGGCCAUUGUUCCUGACAUCUGUCAGUAAAUCCCCAGUAUGAUUUGUUGUUGCUCUUUCCUACUUAAAAGCUGAUUGAAAUGUUGGUCAUGAACUCAAGAGGCUUUUGUUUUAAGUAAACCAUACAGACUGGUGUGUUUUUUUCCUUCCAUUGAAAUGCCAGCCUAUCUGUGAACUCUGUACUACCAGAAAUGAUAAUUAUCUCACCUGUCAACAAGGCAAGGACUGAACUAUUAUUUUUCUUGUGUUGUUUAAGCAAUUUUUCUAAUUUAGCCUUUCAGCUCACAUGUAGUUUUGAGGAACAAGAAAGCUUUGCUACUUUGUUCACAGUUUGUAAAGGCUGUUUGAAAGAUGAAAACAGAGAAACUGAUCAGCGCAUUUACCAUUUUUUACAUUUUAGUACAACUCCUUUCUGAAAUACUUUUUGUUUAACUUCAGAUAGUAGCCAGGAAGCCUUAGCUAGUCUUAGCUUCCAGCUAGCUCAUACAUUUUUUUAUUGCUUACUGAAAAAAAACAAGCACUAUUUUCAGGAGUUCAAAAUGAUGAAUCAAGUUGUUACUGUUAUCUUGAGCAUAUCACUCAGUGGAUGGAUUUGCUCUCUAAAUUCCAACUAGAAUUAUUUGAUAUUUGUCUAUUUCAAUUGGACAAGGUAAUCAAAUUUGACCUGUUUUAGCUUCCUGUAUUCAAAAAAGCAAUCCUUGUGUCAACAUAUCUGUUACCUUAGUGGCACUUUUUAACAUAUUGCUGAAGAGGGGAAAAAAUGUAUUCCUAACUUUUGUUUAAAUAUAGUAUGUAGUAUUUAAAUAUAAUAUUGUAGAUGUGUUUUCUAUCCAAAUGUGCAUAUAUAAAUGUGUGCUUAAGGGUCACAGCCAUUUUGUUUUUCAAGUCUCAACUUGCAGUUAACUGUAUGUAUGCAUACUCAGAACCACUGUAAGCUUAUUGGGAGAGGAUAUGAGUAGACAGUAGGAAAACUGUUGCAUAGACAUCAAGCUAAAGUCCAGGAUCAGACUCUAAAGGACCUUUAAAUAUUUAGUCAUGGCCAAAUUUUUAUAAUUGUAUUCCAAGGAAAACGGUUUCUGCUUAAAUCGCAAAGGGUAGGAGUAUAUCCAUUUGGACCAAUUUUUUUCUUUCUUUUAAGUCCAUGUCUUGCAGCGAUGGACUGAAUCCUAUAUAACUCAAAGAGAGGUAAAAGUUGUAAACAAUUUGGUGAUGCUAGUCCAGCACCAAAAGCUUUUUCAUCAAAUUUAAUGACUGUUCUCUGCUUCCCUCAUGCAUUUUUCAAAUGAGCUUUGUAAAGAUACUAUAUCCUUGCUUUCCACAAAGUCUGAAAUUGUUCCUUGCUGCUAUAAUCUCUUUAUGCUCAAAACAGAAAACAGAGGCAGAGGAAUGUGAUUUCAUCUCAGAAAGGCACACCACCUGUUAUUUAUGAAGAAAAGCUAUAUGUUGGAGGUAACAGAAUCUGGUGGGUUUUCACGACCCAGGUCAGUUCCUCCUGGUCCAGUCAGUAGCAAUGCUGAGCACACAUUCCUGAUAAGCACACGUGUGUGUAUGCAUGCAGAGUACGCAUAUAGAGUACACACACAGCCAGCUCCACAGAUCAGCACAGCCAGAAAUAUAAUUUACUGACACCCUCCUAAACAGCCACAGCACUUGCAUAAAAAGGAAUGGCAGGGACAGCCCCCUCUUUGGCUGAUCAGGAUUGAAGUGGAAUAUAUAUAUAUGUAUGUAUAUAUGUGCGUGUGUGUAUGCACUUACAUACAAUAAUGGGAUUCUUCAGUAACUGCUCUUAGGCACUUGAUCUACCUACUAGUUGGCCUCCAGGCUCCUCCAGUUGCUGGCACAUGAACGUGUGAGCCCCUGUGGUUUGUUUCCCCUCCAGUUGCUGCUCAGCCGCCUUCUGCUCACUGGCUACUCUAUCCUGAAGCUUAAUAGCAUUCACACACAGGCACAGAGUAACCAAAAAAAAAAAAACCCACAAAAAAUAGUUUAAAGUAGGAUUUAAUACAAAUGUAGGCUAGACUGGUGAUCAAACACAAGGCUUGAUCAGACAAGUGCUGAAUAGUCCUGUUUAUACUCAACUAGCCUUUUUUAUCCUCUUUUCCCUGUAUUUUCCCAUGCUUGUUCCUCCUCAGUCCACCUUGACCCCACCCUUUCCCCACCUUUGGUCUUCCCCUAAACAUCCCAUGGUAAGUUUUCCACUUUCCCUCCGUCCCCUUAAAACACCCCCAAAACAUAGUCCCAAAAUGCUUUCCCUCCUGCAUCCCAUAGUAAGUCCCACACUCCUUUAGGCAAUAACCCCUUUAGUUUGCAAGAGGGCUUUAUUUCCCUGGCUCAUCUCAGUGGGCUUCAUGCUGGGACAGCACUUAAUCCUUCUCCUUCAUAGGCUUAAGAGUAGCUGAUUCUCAGUGUGCUCCGGCUUUCACUGGUGAAGUUACUGGGUCACUGAACCUGUCGUUGCUCCUCUGAAUCUUGCUCUUUCUUUGUGUUCACUGUAAUUGGCCUUGAGUCACAUAGCCUAACACUAUAUUUUUUGUCCAAGGAACAGCAUAUACAUUCCUUGAAUCCCUUCUUCUGUUUCACUUGUGGUGUGCGGGCAUUCAAAUGCUUUAUAAUUACAGUAACACAUUUAAAAAAAACCUUUAUGAUAUUUAUUUUUAUUUUAUGAAAGGGAUGAUGGUUCCAUUGCUUCCUCCAGGGUUUACAAGACACUUAUACUAAAGCAGCAAGUGCCAUGAGCAUAACCAAAUGGGCAAACAGAAGAGCUAAUGCGAGCUGCAGCAAUUUCAGUUAAGUACCAGAAAGGAUCCUCAAAAUAUGAUUCAUAAAAUUGGAAAGUGUUACUGUUGUGUCUAAAUACAGAAAAAUCAGAUGUACUCAUGGCUGCUAACUCUCUGUAUCAUAAUUUAGUUCAGUAGUGUUUCCUGGUAUAAAAACUUCGGUAUGGCUCAGGUUGCUAUGGCUCAGCACUCCCAGAUAUUUGUAUCUUCCAGUAAAAGUAUGUAAUUCGAGGCCUCAUAAAAUCAUGUCUUUCUACUCACUGCUAUAGGUUUUACAUCAGACCUUAAAAUAUUAAAUAAUAGUAAAAUAUAGUGAAUGUCUAAAGAGUAUUGGUCAUGGCUGUAAUGUAUAAUGGAAGCAAGUUCAGUGGCAUUUGCAGUUUUUAGGGCUAAUGUUUGCUUUCCUAGAACAGCUUUUGUUUAUGAAUGAAUAUAUAAAAAGUACCAUUAGAACUUUUUAGGAAUUUUAUUUAAUUACAGUGUGAUGAUCUUUUUAAUUAGAAAAAGAUAGUGCAGUUUCAAAGAGGGAGGAUAAUGCAUUUUAUUAACUUCUUCAUAUUGUUUGAAUUCAGUAAUAUCUUCCUGUAGUUUAUUUCUUUCUGUUGAAAAAGGGUUGGGAGGGAUACUGACUGUGUAAGCUUCUUGAUGUAAGCAUAUUUCAUGCAUAUGUGUUUAGCUGAUUCCUUCUUGUGUUAGCUUCUAACAUGUCAUUUUGGGCUCUUCUAUUGGAUGCAUCCCAUCGUAGUUCAUGUUUUGCCCCUCAUGUCUCCCACUUGUAGAACCUUGUGCUUGUAUAAUACUGCGGUAAUGUAGUGAUUCAAAGCAAGUACAAGCCAGAUGUGUAAUACACAAGAUAGUUUUAUAGCAUCAUAUAAAUCUGCUUAGCCUGAGAAAAGGUAUAUAUGGGUUUCAGUGUAUUGUAUAUAUUCUUAAUGCACUUUUUUUUCCGGUGGGCGAAUCUUGUAGUUCAAACUAUAGGUAAAACUAUUAUUUGUGAGAACAUGGAGAGAAACAUAUUCCUUAUCUCUUGCUCAGAAAAGGGAGAUGAUCAGAAUCAAGUGACUUUCCUUCUCUCAUACAGGGGAAUGUCAUUCUGUUCAUUUAAUUAUUGACUGUUUAAGCAAAGAUAGAUGUAUUAUUGACUCCACAGUUGCAAAAUCUCUUGAAUUUUUGGUUCCUAACAAGGUUUAUUACCUAGAUGAAGCACUUACUUGUUUGACUUUGCAGAGUUAUGAGUAUUUAGCUGAAAAGAACUUAUAAAUAUCUCUGCUAUUGUCUGCUAAAUUAUUACAUUCUUAUGAUCCUUAACUUUUAAAAAUCACUGUUAUUCAUUAACACUUACCUCAAAGAGACAUUGCAGCUAAGGUCCCACAGAAGUGUGUGCAUAAACUAUAUGUUGCAAGUCAAAAGGAAAUUUUCUUUCUCAUGUAAAAUGUGACACAUGUUGUAACAUCUGCAUGUGUCCUCCAGGCAGUAGUUAUGUUAGCUGAGGAAUUUACCACAUGAAGCAGCUUAUCACCUGCCCUUUCUGACAGUAACUCUCUGCUCAGAUCUGCCAGCAGAACUGUUCAUAUAAUCAGUUAAAAUAACUCAUAUACCUUAGUAAAAAUCAAGUAUUUUAAGUGAAGUUUAAUCUUUUUCAUUGAAAUAGGUUUGUCAGGGAUUAAAUGAGCUUAUUUGUCCCCAGCUAGAAAGCUGGAAGGAUGCUGACAGUUCUGGACGGUAACUUUUACGGUCAUUGCGAAAGUGAGACCUGGUUAUUUUGAAUUAUUCUACCAUGUCUGUCUUUGUAUUCUACAGCAGGUCAUAAAUAUAGAAACAAUACUUGUCAUAAUAUUUCUAUAUACAGUUAUGUUCAUAUAACCAAACUUGACCACUAUCUUCCAUCAGAACUACCUGUUUCUAUAUUUUGUAGUUUCUGUACUAUUAUAUGUAAAAUCACCUGCUCUUGUUAAGGAUUCAGUCUCCAGGUUUAUUUUGGCUUCUUUGUCAUAAUGUUAUGUGGGGUUUUGGUUAGGCUUUCCUAUCAUUUCACCCAAGGGUGAAGUCCAGUCAGUUUCUUGAUACCUCAGAGGGAUACAAGUAGGACAAUUGCCUCUUCCACCUCUCCCUGCUCCUGCUUUAGGGAGGCAGAUGUAAAUAGACAGUGCAAUAGGGCUUUUCCAUCUAAAGUUAAUGUUCCCUGUCAGCUCACUCACAGUGGUGCAAAUGAGCUGAGAGUUGCAGGAUGAGCUACACCAUGACACUGAUUCUCAAAAUGGAUAGACUCGGUGCAUACUGGCUUUGUGGGGUUACCUACUUCUAAGGUCCUAUUUAUAUUCUCUACAGUCUUGCUCCAUAUAGAAGGCAAAAAUUUUGCCCUUAUUCUUCUUGCAGAAAUCUGUAAUCAUCUGAUUCAAUAGUACUCUUUAUCUUGAGAUAACCAGGUACUAAUUACUGAAAUCUAGGUGAUAUCUGGACAUUCCCCCACUGUUGUAGGUAGCAUUUGAAUAAGAGUAUGUUCUUAUGUCAGCUUCAUGAAGCUUUGUGCUGAUGCAGCUGCCAUCAGCAUUUUUACCAUUACCUCUGGCCUAUGCAGUAAGGUUCUACAGCUGUUUCUAGACGUCUCAGAGCAUUCCAGCAAACUCGAGUGACCUAUGCAGGGAUUUUGAUGGCUCUUAGUUUCAGGAAACUUCAAUGUUAUAGAAAAUACUGUGGGUAUUAGGGAAUUUGAAAGAUACUGCAGCUUGCUUUCUUGAUGCAGAUUUUGCUUAAUUAUUAUUGGAGGUUAACAUAUUUGUGUCACAGUUGAAAAGCUAAAAACCUUGGAUAUAAGUUGGGGACUGUCUGUGCAGCUAUAAUUACUAUUAUGAUUCUCUGGUGUAUCUCUUCUUUGUUCAUCCAUUGCUUUCAAGCAUACCGGAGAACAUUUUGCCCAAUUGCAGGCCCCAUGGCUAAGCAAAAGAAUUGCAGGUAUUUUUCAAAUCUUGUCUAGUUCGUUUGCAGUAUUGACAAUUUUAAGCUAAAGAAACACCACUUGUAAAAAUCUGUUCUUAAGUCUAUCUUAAUUUAAUGGAAUUUAAUGUUUUGUACUCAACAUGCCUCUGUAGAGCAAUAUUGCACACUAAGUUUUUCCCCUUUUGAGUUAGUAUUUAGAAACUAAAUCUGCCUGGCUUAUGAAGUUGCCACACUUCAUAGUAAACAAGGUAACUAUUCCCAAUUUGAUUUUACGUUAAUGUUUUAAAAAAAUAAAAGCUUGUUCUUCAAGCUUUUGUUUAAACUGAAAUAUCUACUUUUGAACCAUCUAAUCCAGUAAUCUGUCCUGAGAGUUGUUUGUAUCAGGUGACUGACUUCCAAAUUAAAAAAAACCCUCAGAUUUGAUAGCAGAGUGGAGGAACAGAGCUACUAAAUGUUUUAUACAUUUAAAUGUUUAACUUCAAAGUUAUCCAAUUUCACUUUUAAAGGAGAAUUAAUGCAAUAAAAACUUUCUCACAUGUAAAUCAUUCUACAUCCAUUAAAACCUGUAAUGGGUCUAUUUGAUUUUAUAAGGGCACUAAUAAAGAAAAAUGAGGUCAUUGUGAAACUGUGGGUGAAAUCCUGGCUCUCCAAGGUUAAUGGUAAAUAUCUUUUGGGCCAGUAGUUCAGCCUCAGACCAAAAUAUCACAUUUUCAUUAUAUCAUGAUGACUGAAGGAAAAAUCAGUGCCUUACUUGAGAAUAUUUGAAUGCAUAUCUUUACAGAACUGCUGGAGUAUUGUUUGAAAUACAGUAUUUGACCUUCAUGGUUUGUAAAUUUGCAAUUUUUAAAAUUCUUUAUUAAUUCAGAAACUGUGAAGGGUUUUCCCUCUCCAUUACAUUUUUGAAUGAAGUAGAAAGAAAAGUGCUUUAUGUUCAAUCUGUUCUUCUUAUGAAGUACUUUUUCGUAAAACAUUUUUUCUCAGUCUGUGAACCUGCUUCUGAGACUGUUGUUAUGUAUUACGCACACUUCAAAACACAAUGGCAGGGAGAUUGCAAACAUCUUGCUGAAAUUCUGAUUUGAGUGAAAUGAAGGGCAAAACUUCCAUUGAUCUAAAAGGGUUAGGAUUAUGUUACCUUGGUAUUUCGGGGGUGAGAGAUUGGUUUUAGUUCUGUGUGUUUUCCUGUUCUGCAGAACAGCAAAGAUGCUGUAAAUGGCAGAGGGUUGUGCAUACAGGCAGCUAUGAAGGGUCGGGUUCUCUCACUAUGUAAAACCAUGUAACUUUAUUUAGUUCUGAUGUUGAGAUGUCUAAAAAUCACAGCAGUUUACCACUGGUGAAGAAAGUCACAUUUGAGCACUGAACACCUUAAUAAAUGUCUCCAUGUUGUUUAUGGGGAAAGAGGGGGGACUUUCUUUUGUUUUCCUUUCUUGAGAAUUUAAGUGUUGCAUUGUGGACACUGGAAUAUUUUUGUUGCUGUUUGAGAUACUAAACCUCUGUUUUUCCAUUACAUGUGAUGCAAAGCCUUUUAAAAAUCUGAAUAUUUAAAAGACAUUUUAUAUUUGCUGCUACAAAACAUGCAAAGAAUUAAACUGAAGACACUUCAUCUACAGCUGAUACAGACUGUAAAUUGUUCACGUGUAGUGUUACCUAAUAGAAUUCCUAACAACAUGCAAUGAUUAUAGUCCUUUUAAAGAAAAGGUAAAUGUCCUGUAAUAUUAUGAGAAGAAAUACACUGUAGGAGAAUAUGCAGCCUUGGAUAUCAAUUGUACAAAUGAAUGGUGAUUAAAGAAUGUAAAACCUGUUUCUUCUUGUAAAGCUUUUUUGUGAAAAAAUAAACAUAAAAAAUUGUGUCUUUUAA